CCCAGCUUCUGAAUUGGAACCAGCCGACCGUGAAGAAGACGAAAACUUUAAAUUUUAAUGAAAUAUUUAUAAUUCUACUUCAAAAAUGGGUGGCGGAGGCCAUGAGAUGCCAAAAAUCCCCAAAUAUACACAUUACAAGUGGGAAAAUUGUCCUCAAAUAGUAAACCUUCAAAAACGUUUAGCUGUACACGGACUUAAGGAUCCUUGGGCUAGAAACUAUGCUUGGAAAUUCAUGAACCCACUCACUAAAGGCAAGACUAUCCCUUGGUACAUGAUGUGGCAAGUGAAUUCACCACUUCCCAGAGGUUUUACUAUUGGUGGUGUUGCUGUUGUUUUGUACAUAGCAUUUGACCAGCUCUCAGGGCAAGCUGCCAAGAGGAAAGCUCACGGAGGUCACUAGAUGGAAGUUUAUAUGUUAGAUUAUAUUAAUUUUAUGCAACAAUAACAAAAAAGUAAAAAAAAAAGUUUGCUUUAAUUUGUUUUUCGUGAAUUUUCAGGACUCUGAAAUAAUUUGAUUUUUCUUUAAUAAUUUAGAUAAAGGUGUUCGGCGUAUUUGUAAUAUACGGAAUAUAAUGACAUUAUAAAUUGAUGCCAACAUUAAAUUUACAAGUGAAAAUAUAAACACACAUUUGAAAACUGUAUAGAUAUCAGCAUCUUUGUAGUAUUCCUCUUUUUGUUUUUUAUGAUUGGAUAAAAUAAUAAAACCAA